AUGAACCGGAGCCGCUCGCACACCUACAGGAACAGUGCAGGGAUUGGGCUCAAGCCAGGAUCAGACCUGACCUCCUCGCAGAGCUCCUUCGAAUCCGAGUCAAGCUGUUACACGCAGAACAGCGCAGCAAGCACAGGCAUUAGGCAGCGAGGACUCUUCCGGAAGGACUACUCGGUCCUCGCAGAUAUCCCCAAACCCAAGCGGAUCAUAAGCCGAGAGGCGUUUGAACAAGAGCGAAAGCACCUGGGGCAGCAUCGCCGAACCCGGAGCCCUGGCCGGGAGGAGGUGGAACGUUUGUUUGGACACGAGCGCAGGUUUCGACAAACCUUCAAUGAGCACAGACAUGUGACUGAGGCUUUCCAAGGCUUGGAGUUGGAGAAAGUGGGUAAAACAGAGAGAAGGUCCACAAUGUCCAACUGGCUCAGCGAGGAGCUGCGAAGCAGCAAAACUUAUUCCCAAACAUAUCAACAGAAAGAGGUGGGUUCGGUGCCAACAGAAGAUUUCAAGUCUUUCAAAACGCAUCUCAGAUCUACUCGCAAACCCAACACGGUGGGGGUAAAGUUUGCACAGGACGACCUGAAUUCCUCCAUCGGAUAUCGUCGGUCAAGCCUCAAAAGUGACCAGGUCAAUUCAAAGUUCUCCUCGCAAGAAAAAUCAAUGCCUUAUAUAGAAUAUUUUCACUCGACCCCAAAGAUUGACAAGACUGACCCCGGACUCUCAAACAGAACAGGCACAAACUUACAAAACCAGGACUUCCCUCAGCAGCUCAGGGACAAGUACAUCCAGAAGAUGGAUGCAGGAAUCUCAAUUCAAAUGAGCCCGAAUACCCGAAACAAAUAUUCCCAUCAGCAGCCAAGUGACAAGUACAAUAAGCCGGAUCUUCUGAAUUUCAAGAAGGGUUGGAUGUCGCUGCUGGAUGGACGCAAUGAGUGGAAGAAACACUGGUUCGUCCUCACCGACUCCAGUCUCCGAUAUUACAGGGACUCCACAGCCGAAGAGGCUGACGACCUCGAUGGUGAAAUUGACUUAAGAUCCUGCAACGAUGUGACAGAGUUCCAGGUGCAACGUAAUUAUGGCUUCCAGAUCCUGACCAAAGAGGCUAAUUACACACUGUCAGCUAUGACGUCCGGGAUUCGGAGGAACUGGAUUGAAGCUCUUCGUAAAACAGUCCGACCCACAACUGCCCCCGAUGUUACUAAGAGGAGCAUGUGGAUGAAAACACCAACUUCAAAACCCCGCUUAACAGACAACAAUAAGGAAAACUCAUUCCCGGAAACUGUGACUAAACGGAAUGCGUUGAAACAAGAGCCGGUCACCGCAGACCGCUGGAAAUUGGAGAUUGAGCGGAAUCUCCGCUCAGAAGAACAACAGAGACAGCAACAGCCGCCAGCCUUGACCUGUGUGGAACUGGAGCCCAUAGACCACCGUGUGGCCAUCGAGCCUGUGUACGGCAGAGAGAUCCCGGGAGGGAAGAUGGCCGAUUCCCGAAAUGAGUGCUACAAAGCCAGUGAGCCCGGGCCAGAACAUGCCCAGAGGACAGAGGAGCCGAGGAGGUGGUUUGAGUCGAGUUUGGGACUGUCACAACCUGAGGAACCUGGGGCCGACACAACCAGAAAGCCAAUGGGAAAGGUUCUCGUCUCUUCCCGACCUCCCGAACAUCUCCUCAAAGAGAUUGAGACAAAGUGGUUGGAAAUUGAGCGUCUUCCCCUCCGAGAUCACAAGCAAGUGCCUCUGCCUUUCACCUCCAGCCCGAGCCCGAGCGACAACAACUUAGAGCUGACAGAGCAGCUGAGGAAUGAGAUCUGUUCCCUGAAUUUACAGCUCGAUCGAUCGCGGAGGGAAUUGGAAUCUUUUCGGGAGCAGAACAGCCGGCUCCAGGGACAUUAUCCGGAUUAUCACAAGUUAUCCCGAGAGUCGGGGGUGAAGAUUCCUCGGGGCUACAUCUCCCAGGAAACUUGUGAGCGGGGUUUUGAGGAGAUGGAGGCGUCUCAUCGGAAGGCGAUGGAGGAAGUUCAGCGACAGCACCACCGGGAGCUGGAGAAAGUGCGACGGGAGAAGGAAAAACUUCUGAGCGAAGAGACAGCAGCCACCGCCUCUGCCAUCGAAGCCGUGAAGAAAGCACAUCGCGUGGAGCUGGAGAAAGUGCAAAGGACAGAACACGUGGCAACCAACACAGACCUGGAGAGUGUGCGACAGCAAUAUCGCUGUGAUUUGGAGUUACUGCAGCGGGAGCUACAGGUGCUAUCGGAGCAGUAUUCCCAGAAAUGCCUGGAGAUCAGUGAUCGGAUGAAAGAGACAGAAUUCCGGGAGAAGGAGCUGGCUCAAAUCCAGCGAGAGAACCAGGAGCUGCUGAAACAAAACCAGGAGCUGAACAGCCAACUGUCUGAGGAGCUGGGGCGGAUCCGAGCUUUCGUGACCGGAAAACACAAGGAUAACCUUGGAAAUGUGCCCGUCGUGGGUGAAGGACACGUGUGUGAGCUGGAGGUUGUCCUGCGGGUGAAGGAGAAUGAAGUACAAUAUCUGAAGAAGGAGAUUCAGUGCCUCAGGGAUGAGCUGCAGGCUCUGCAGUGGGAUAAGAAAUACGCCACGGAUAGGUACAAAGACAUUUAUACAGAACUGAGUGUCAUGAAGGUGCGGACUGAGCGGGAACUCUCUCAGCUGAAAGAACAGCUUGUGUUGGCGAUGGCUGCUCUGGAGGAGAAAGAAUCUGUACUAAACAGCGUUGAAAAAUGAAGUUUCUCUCACUUUCUCCGAGACCAAAUUCUGCCUCCAGUGCAGAGAGAAGAUUGUGGACCACCUCAAUAGUGAGGAAACAGUGUCAAGACACUCCAGCCUCUCCUGUGUUUUUUAUUGAAUAACCAUUCCCAUGUGGAUCACUGCUGUGAAAAUAAAACUGAAAUCAUACGUAUGGAGACACACACAGCAUCGCUCACACACAGCAAACUCCCUGACCAUUAGAGACUGGACCUAGAUCUUACUCUGGUGGUUAUGCUAUAAUCCCAAAAUACAGCCUGACUGACUUGCUUUUAAAAUGUUUUUUAAAAGUAAAGUUUAUAAAUGUUUAUUACUGUAGAAUAAUCUUGAGUUGGUUUAGAGGACAAGGAGAAGCUGUAAGCCAUGAGCAUGUUUUGAUAAUUGUUGUUGUGUUUAAUGGAGCCACUUGUAGAGAUUCCAUCUGCACAAGUAUUUACAGUCAUUGUAAUUACCAUUUGCAUUGAGAUGUGGAUUAUAAAUCAGAUUCAGUGAAA